UAACAGUAGUAAAUAGAUUAAAAACAUGUUGCGCAUCAGCAUUGCCAUAUCGCCAUGAGGGUGGAAAAAUAGGUUCAGUAUGAACAUCCUCACCAGCUGUCAGGCAAAUAAAGACAGACUGCUUGAGAACACAACACAAUGGAGGAACGUGCCGUUUUAGCUAAUAUCGCUACAAUUAUUACCAAGGAUCUGCUCAUCGAUGAUCCGACCAAACACAACAUAAACUGCGGCUUCUCCAACAGCAGCUUUCCACUGCUCGAUGGAAGCGACGAUGAUGAGGCGGAGAUUUUUGCACUAAUGCAGCGUAAGCGAGCCGAUACAAAGAACCCAGGAAAGCAGACAACAGCAACAUUAAAGCGCAGACAGGUCGAUAAAGUACCAAGGGAAACACUCAAGUCCAGGAAGACGAACAAAUUGGAGUGGGAAUAUGCGGAACUUAAUUUACUGCAUCGCUAUGUGGAUGCGCAGUUUGAAUCCUUUUUGCACAUGCGAAAGCUCACUUAUCUGAAAAUACAGCAGGAGUUGCAGCCGAUUCUGGAGAGGAAUGUGCUCCCGGGAUAUCCCACGCCGCAGACAACACUCGCCUUAGCUUUGUGGAAACUCUCAACGGACGAACAUUUCGAAGAAAUAGCUCGAAAAUUUCAAUUUCCAUGGUCGCUGUGCCAGCAAGUGGUUCGCAGCUUUUGGCACAUUAUCUCCGAUAACUACGAAAGCUUCAUCAAAUGGCCCAACUCUCUGGAGGCUCAACAGAGUGCGCUGCAAGGGUUUCAGUCUGUGUCCCAGCUAAGCUGCUUUCGCGACCUCUUUGGCGUCAUUGUCCUUAAACGCGUCGACAUCUUUAUGGAAAGUGAGCAUGCCGAGGUGGCUGUGGUUCUGCAGCUCAUCUGCAAUGCGGAAAAUAAGAUCAUCGAUUGCUAUGUGGAGCUGGAGCAGGAUUAUAGCUUUGAGGAGUCGCCCAUUGGACAAACACUUGCCCUCAAUCCUCGCACAAUGCCAGCUGGCAGUUAUCUCAUUGGCAGCCACAGUUUCCCACUCAAAUCCUAUUUGAUACGACCCAUUGAGGCGGAAUGCUUUCGCAAAGAUGUGGUAUUCAAUGGGUUAUUGGAGCCAGCUUUUCAAUUGGCUGAUAAUGUGCUGGAUAGUUUGGCACGUCGAUUUCAGACGCUGUAUGCGCUAGAGGCGCGUGAUUUGAAUGAGGUGCGGCUGAUAGUGGAGAGCAUUUGUGCCAUGCAUAAUCUGUGCGUCGAUUACGAGGAUGACUAUUUGGAGGUGGAUUCUGGAGGAGCGCAUCAAAAAUGCAGCUGGGGUGGAGUGUUAUCUGAGCGCAGAGGCAGCGAGAAGGAUGCCAAAGGAUUGCACAGACGUGUAGAGCUCAUCGAUGCAUUGGUCAACACUGAUGAGGGCGAUUAGAUUAUACUUUUCAAAUUACAUUUUGUCACGGUAUAAGUUUGGAAUAAAUAAGUCUUAAUUUUUAAUUG